AUGAUAUUUCCCAAUGGCUGCUUGACGCGGGACCGGCGCGGUCGACCUGCCCAGUACUACCUGGAGCACCCGGACGACCUGGCGCUGCCCACCAAGGCAGAGCCGACCCGGAACCGACAGCGGCAGCGCCGCACGCCGCCGAAGGACCACGUGCGCCAGAGAAAACGCGGCGACAGUGGCGCCACCGCCGCCGCCAAGCCCGGCGGAGCACCCGUGCCGCACGCCAGCAUCCGCAUCUGGAUUCAUGACCGUGACAUGGACAAGCUGGAGAAGGUGGUGAUCGACGGCCACGGCGAGCAGCUGCUGAACGAGACGGCCGGCUCGGCGCGGGUCAACAAGUUCCUGGUGGCCGUCCGACCGAUGAUGAUUCGGAUCCGCGAGCUGCAUUCAUCGGCCAUCAACGAUGACCUUGACAAGGUCGAGGCCAUGACCGAGGGUCAAAAGAACUUACUGACAUCCAAAGACCGGCGAGGACUUACCAUUCUGCAUAAGGCGGCGGCGCUGGGUCACGAGAGUGUGGUGCAGUACAUGCUGUCCACGGUGCGGGACCUGAAGAACGAGCCCGACAACGACGGCCGCACGCCGCUCUUCUACGCCGCCGUCAGCAAGGAGAGCAGCAUCUACGACAUGCUGGUCAGGGCCGGUGCCGACGCCAGCCUCCAGGACAAGCGGAACAAAACGGCCGACCACUACCGGAAGCACCCGCAGGAGCUGCCCAUCCAGCAUGUUUACCAGCUGCCGGACGCGCCGCGCAACUCGAGCGACAACCUGGGUGUGCCGGAAGCGGCCGGCAGGCGGCGCUCGCUGAGCACCGACCGACACCAGGGCGGCGGUGGCAAACGGUCCAACAGCCGCCGAGACCGGGAGUCCACCACGUCCGAGCCGCCGCCCAGCCCGCGGCUCGACGAGAAGGACGUGACCUCGGCUCAGAUCGACACCUGGAUCCGCCAAGGCGACCUGGAGAAGCUGGAGCAGGUGCUGGUCGACGGGCACGGCGACAGUCUGCGCGGCAAAACGGCCUGGAACGAGCAGGCGCGAGGUAUUCUCAAGGCGGCACCCGCCUUCAUGGAGCAGAUCGCGGCCAUACACAUCGCGGCGGCACGCGGCGAUGUGGCCGAGGUCAAGGAACUGGCGCGCAUCAAGGGCCCCCACUCGAAGUCCGCCAAGCUGGUGCAGUCGCUAGACGAGCAGGGCCGGCUGCCGCUACACCUGGCCGCCUGGUACGGGCACACGCCCGUCAUCCAGUUUUUGACCGAGCGCUACCCGGCCGGCGUGCAUAUCCUGGACAAGGACUCGCGGGCGCCUCAGCAUUAUGCGGCCAUGGCCAGCGAUUCUAAGAAGGCCAAGAAGAACUACAACUACUUGAUUGAAAAGGGUGGCAACGAUAAUGUGAAGGAUUUGCGCGGCAACACCGCCAGCUACUACCUGACCAACCCAGCGGACGAGUCCCGGCCGCCAACGCCCGAGAAGGGCGCUAAACUUCGGGAACGGAACAGGACCCAGGACCGCGGCCGGGACCAGGACCAUGACCGGGACCGGGACCGGGACCAGGACGGGGGCCGGCGGUCGCGCGGGCAGUCACGCCACUCGCCGCGGCGAGGCAGCGACCGCGGAGAGGACGCGGACAUCGAUAUGGACACGGUGGAGAGGAUGCUGCUCACCGGUCGAGGCGAAGAGCUCAAGGGCGCCCGGUCAAAGGAUCCUGAUGUGCAGGAGCUGCUGGACUCUGUGCCGUAUAUCCUGGGCAAGAUAGAGAGCGCGCACCGCGCGGCGGAGAGUGGCGAGACCCGCGACGUGCAGGCGCAGCUGGACCGCAGGAAGCUGGCCGGCUCGACGCUCAAGGAUGGCGCCAAUCCGCUGCACCGGGCCGCGUUCAUGGGACACGCCGGCGUUGUCCGCUACCUGGCGCAGAACUUCCCGGACACGAUGGAGGCGGCGGACAGGAACGGCCGGACACCGCUGCAUUACGCCGCCGGGAGCCGGGACGGCGGGCACUGCUACAAACUGCUGCAGAGAGCCGGCGCGCGCGAGGACGCCACGGACAAGCGAGGCCGCGAGCCGCGGUACUACCUGGAGCACCGCGGCGCGCUCCGCUACACUUCCGUGGACCAGCAGACGGAGGACUACGCCGACUCCGAGGACGAGGCUGACGGUACCGUAAUGAAGCCGAAACCUGUGCGAAAGAAGAGGAGCGAAGGCCCUCAAGGGAAAGAAGACGGAGGAAAACAGGGGGUUAAAGGGAAGGGUAAGAAGCGUUCACCUGGAAGCAUGACAACCGAGGAGGGAAAAUAUCUGAUGAAAGAGGUGGGCGGCCCGCUGACCGAAGCGCUGAAGGCCGUCUCGAAGCAGAAGCCGCGUGACCCGAUCAAAUUCAUGGCGGACGACCGCGGCCGGUCGAUCCUGCACUUCGCCGCCGAGCGGUCCCACCCCAGCCACGCCCUCGGCCGCCUGCUGGACCAAUCGGCGCUGAGCCUGGCCGACCGGGACGAGGCAUACCGGACGGCGCGGGACGUGGCGGCGGCCGCCGGCCAGCACGAGAACGUGGCCGCGAUCGACGCCUGGCUGACCGGCCUGGCUGCCGCCGGCAACACGGCACGCCUGGAGCAGCUUCUGCUGGGCGGCUACGACCGACUGCUGGGUGCCGAGAACGCUGACCGUGCCAACAUCCUACAUGUGGCCGAGCAGGAGGCCGACGCCACUACCGCUCGCUUCCUGCGCGGCGUCUUCGGCUUCGAGGAGAAGCGCAACUGGGUGUUCGCCGCGGUGCGGGCUGGCAGUGUGGCGCACGUGCGGCAGCACCUGGACGACCCGCGGCUGGCGGUGGCCCGCGACUGCCGCGGUCGCACGCCCCUCCACACGGCUGUGCUCGGUGAGCACGCCGACAUCGUCCGCCUCAUCGCCAGCAAGUACCCGCACGCCGUCGACUUGGGUGACAAUAUGGAGCGGACACCAAUGCACUACGCCAUGGGAAUGAGUCAGGUGGAAACCAUCGGCAAAAUCCUGCUCGACGCUGGGGCAUCCCGCCAAGUGAAAGACCUGGGCGGUAACACACCCAGCUUCUUCUUGACGCACCCUGAGCUGCUGGAGGGCCUCGUGGAGGAGGAGCGGGAGGCCUUGGCGGCGCAGGGUCCGCUGCCCUCGCCACCCUCACAGCCCCAGCCGGCCUCAGCUUCAUAGGCCGCUGACAGCUAGUGAAGAACCCUAUCCGAUCCGCUCCGGAGAGACCUGCCGAUGACGCGGACGGAUCCGCGGGAGCAAGCUGCUGAACUCUCAGCUGGCAUUGAUGGCGUCAAGCGCGCCCGAGUCCAGACGUGCUUCGCUUCACUCUGGCUCAGCGCCUCGUUGGAUGUUUUCCGCGUCGCCCCGUCAGUGCCUGGUUCAGAUGUUAGAGCUUAUCGCGGGCCACGUCGCAGGUCCACUGCCCAGGCAUCUGGGUGUUGUUGGCGUGCUAGAAGCUUAAGUGAGCUCGUGACCUGAUGGUCAGAUGACCUUGGAAAUAUCUACGCAUGGUAUCAGGCAGAGUUCUCUUGCCGCGCCCUGCAGUGAGGCCAUCAUUGCUUCAAGCAUAGCGGCGAUGGAAGCGUUUUUCCUUCGGCUCACAUCUUUUGCUAUAUUGUUAACAGUCAUUUUUCGCCGAUCGAAAGUACUAUUUCCAAAGUUGGUGUCGUGCAUUUCUUUUGCUGUUGGUUUGUGAUAGCAUUUUAAGGGAGGAAAAAAAGUUUUUACCAACUGCCUUUUUUAUGUUACGGUCACCUGUAAGCAUCACGUAUGUUCCGGUGCUCGAAGAGGGUGAUUUUGCAACUGAGCAUCAUUGGUGUCGGUGCCUUGAAGUCUCAUAAAAUGAAUUUGUUCAAACGCCAUAAGUCUGAUUUUGCACUUUACGGCUCUGUGAAAAACAAACGCAUGUUGUCCUUACAAGCUCAUUGAACAUAUUAUCUCCUGAGCUUUGUUUGAGUUGAUUACUUCAGGCUCCAGUAUUGCGGUUCUGCAUAGGGACAACAAUGGCCUAAGUAGGGUGUCUGCGUGCUGUACAGUUAACAAUAAGCAUUUAGCAAAUGAUGUUAUUUGAGACGUUGUUAUGGGUGUUCAUGAGGCGUCGGAUCAUGAAAUGUUUAGUGCCCGACUAUUCAGCCAGCCAUGCUUUAUGAAACGGAGCACUCAAUAAGAAAUGAAUCCUUUGCUUGGCCAGAAUGUUUGAUUUACAUGUUUGUGUUUCCAAUAAACAUGCAUAACGGGAACCGUUUGCGCUCAAGUCGAGAUUUUUGAGGGAAGUGA